AUGAACCAGCAGAUCCAUUGCCAGAUCCGCGACCCGGACAGCUUCCGCAUGUACACGUACAACGACCACAUGGCCUACGGCGUGCUGCAGGUGCUGCAGAACCUCGUCCUCGACUAUGAGGAGGCAAAAGGGAACUGGCGGGAGCAGUGGGUCAUCUGCGAGGCGCUGUGCCCGUUUAUUUGGUACCUGAAUGGUGGUGACUUUGCCAUGGCCGACAACGGCGAGUUCGUCGACGAAACAGCAAAACUCAUCGGCAACCUCUUCCUCACAACCCUGGCUCGCCUCGAGCGCGAGGGCGUCCUCACCCCGGACUCAGAAGUAAAGGACCUUGGCUGCGUCAUGGCCGGCAUGCUCAAAGUCGCCUCCGCCUUCCGCGGCUUCGACCUUUUGCAAGACGAGACCGUCCACAAAAAGUCCAAAAAGCGUCCCUUUCCCUUCACGGCGGAGAAAUUCGACAGCUACGUCGCCGCGUACGCCAAGAAGCACGGCAUCACGCUCAAGGGGGUCACGGGGCUGAAAGCUCUCGUUGACAGUCUCGAUGAUGGGGAGGAAGAGCUGCCCAACGCCGAGGAACACGGCGAGGACCCCUGGGGAUGGGCGGACGCGCUGGCGUCGUACAAGAGGGGGAGGAGGAUUGGCGGGGAUGAUUUGGAUAUCACGUCGUGGACACCUGCGAAGCGGAAGCAGCAUGCUUUUAGUAAGAAGGAUCCGCUUGGGAAGAAGGAUAUUGACGCUAUCAAGAAUGGUAUGGUCAUGAUGCUGAGUUGA